UGAAACGUCAAAUAUUUUCUAAUGAAAGUAGAAAAUAUUUUUUUUUUGUUUUUCUAUCGAAUUUGACUAAAUAAAUGGUGCAAAAAGUAGAUAAAAAGUAGAAAUUACUGUUCCUGACGAGUCAGGCUUCAGAAGAAAUGUGGGUUUCCUAGUAAAUCAGUUAGAUACGUACGCGAAAUUGCGCAACUUAAAUCCUCAAGAAGAUUAUAAAAGAAAAUCAAACAAUGGAAAAUAAUGAGUCUGGUCGGGCUGGUUCCAACAACGAAACCUUCUACGGUACACAUGAAUCGGAAAACAAUAUGGUCAUGUCAGAGAAGGUUCAGUCGCUGGCUGGAAGUAUUUAUCAGGAAUUUGAGCGAAUGAUCCAACGGUAUGAUGAAGAUGUCGUAAAAACGCUCAUGCCUUUGUUGGUAAAUGUGUUGGAAUGCCUAGACUCAGCCUAUCAGUCUAAUCAAGAGCAAGAAGUUGAGGUUGAACUACUUCGUGAAGACAACGAACAACUAGUCACACAAUAUGAACGUGAGAAAAGUGCACGAAAACAAGCUGAACAGAAGCUUCUGGAUACCGAGGACUUGGCCGAAGCUGAAAACAAAGACCUUGCUGGUAGAUUAGAGUCUUUGGAGAGCAUUACUCGCAUGCUUGAGUUGAAACACAAAAACAGCCUGGAACAUGCUAGUCGACUCGAAGAACGGGAGGCUGAUCUGAAAAAGGAAUACUCCAAGCUGCAUGAUCGAUACACAGAACUUUUCAAAACCCAUGUAGACUACAUGGAACGGACAAAAAUCCUGAUGAGUUCAACGCACUCGCAAAUCAGUUCGACAUCCGAACGAUUAGAGAAUCGUUCCCGUUUACAUCCAAUGUAUCGGUCGUCUGGCCCGAUUUCGUAUGGUUUCGCGUCGCUUGAAACGUCACAGAUGCUAGAUACGGAAACUGUGUGCAGUGUGGGAAACAGUUCGGAUUCCGGUUCGGGGCCACCGUCGUUACAGCAUGAAUUUGAUAACAUUCAAACCGUGGAACGAUCGGCGGAGACAGACUCGUUGCAGCACAUGAAUCAGGCUACAUCGCCACAAAGUGAUAUUAGUCCAGUUAUUCCGAGUAAUCAAGCAGGUCGUACGACAACCAAAAAUGAGAAACGCUCAGCGAACACCUUAUACCAGGAGCUCUCGUUCCAAGACAACGAAGAGAGUGAAGAGAACGAAGUUACCGGGAGCUGGGUACAUCCGGGCGAAUAUGCUUCCUCAGUCAAUGACAAUUUCUUUGGAAUGGGCAAAGAGGUGGAAAAUCUUAUAAUGGAAAAUACAGAGCUGCUGGCAACCAAGAACGCUCUCAAUAUUGUCAAGGACGAUUUGAUCGUAAAAGUGGACGAACUCAGUGGCGAAGUUGAAAUUUUGAGCGAGCAAUUGAACAGUGCCACUCAGUCGAAGAAUAAAUUGAUGCAAAAAAUUGCCGAUUUGGAAGAGGAGUUGAAGAAAACCAAAGAUCUUGUCAAACAACAAAAUACUUCAGAUCAUGAGGAUGAAGGUGAUGUUCCAAUGGCUCAAAGGAAAAAAUUCACUCGCGUCGAAAUGGCUCGUGUUCUCAUGGAACGAAAUCAAUACAAAGAACGGUUCAUGGAAUUGCAGGAAGCUGUUCGUUGGACGGAGAUGAUCCGAGCUUCUCGUACCGGAGAUAUUAAAAAGACCGGAGAGGGUUUUUGGCGAAAGUUUUUUAGUAAACUCACAAUAUCAUCUGGCAGCCCACAAAGGGAGCCCCCGGGGCCAUUACUUCAAUACAACGCAUCCAGUCAUCACAUAACACCUGGGUCAUCCGAGGGGCGAUUGGCAAUUACGAGUGGGAACUAUAAUGCUGGAGGCUCAUCGAAUGCUUUAGCAUUCACCAAAGAUUAUUCGGAAGAAACGGUAUCUGACCGAGCCAAUCAACGACGACAGGAACAAUAUCGUCAAGUGCGAGCUCACGUACAGAAAGAAGAUGGACGUCUCCAUGCGUAUGGGUGGAGUUUACCGGGAUCGAAAACCAAUCCACAGGGAACACCGAAAAACGAUCGGAAAAUGUUGAAGGUGCCGGCACCUGUUUACUGCAGUCCAUUAGCAGAAGCUAAUCCGCACAUGAAAGUAUUUUGUGCCGCUGGAGUAAACUUAAAUGGUGGCUAUACGAAGGAUGGAGGUUGUAUUAUCGGUGCUAGUGUGUUCUAUUCCAAUGAAGAAGCCAAAAUUACUGAAAUCACAUCUCCCACUGAAGGCGAACCUACAGAGCUAGAUUCGUUAGAUAAACAGAUUACCAUGGCAAUGGAAAGUGCUGAACCAGAUUCGCAGUUGAGUUCGUACGUUUGGAUAUGUACGAGUACUCAUGCUGCCAGUACGGUUACCGUUAUCGACGCAAAGAAUCCGUCAGAAGUUUUAGAUUCAUUUCCGGUGUGUCAGACACAUUUGUUGUGCAUUUGUUCAGUACAGGGUGCUUUAGAAAAAGACUACGCUUUGUUGGAGAACAGUGAGGUGAUUAAAUCGGGCGAAACCUUAGAAAAACCGGGCGAUGGUGACGACGAAAUCGGUCGCGUUGAAUUUGUUCGGGUAGAGAAAAAUUCGACCACCGAAAAGAAAGAGGGCUCGCCGGCGACCGCAAAAAGCGAUCCGAAUGAAAAUAUUUCUUCGAAUAAUGAGACUGACGACGUAGCUAUUGAUAAUAAGGCGUUGAAUGCCGUUGUUGAAGAUAUAAACGUUCCGCCGCAUUCUCCGAUUCAUUUGAACCAUCACAACAACAAUUCGAACAACAAUCCGAACACUUACUCGUUGGCAUUUCCGAAGCCAGUCAAUCCGAUUCUGGGCUCACCGAAUCCAUUAUGCGAACCGGCAAUGUCUUCAGUGGGACCAACGAUGUGGCUGGGAGCGCAAAGUGGAAUGCUUUACGUACACAGUUCGGUUGCUCGAUGGCGAGACUGCUUGCAUCAGGUUUGCCUUCCUGACGCUGUGUUGUCGAUUGUUCAUGUCGAAUCUCAUGUGGUUGCUGCACUUGCCAACGGUAAAUUAGCAGUAUUUAGAAGACAGACUGAUGGUCAAUGGGACCUGAAUAGCUAUCACUUGGUUACUUUGGGCCAGCCGAAGCAAUCGGUGCGUUGUCUGUGCGUCGUAGCAGAUAAAAUAUGGGCUGCUCAUCGAAACAAAAUCUAUAUUGUUGAUCCGAUAACACUGAACAUCGUUCAUACGUUAGAAGCCCAUCCGAGGAAAGAGAGUCAGAUUAGGCAAAUGGCUGCAACGGGUAUUGGAGUGUGGGUGUCAAUCCGUCUGGAUUCAACACUUCGAUUGUACCAUGCGCACACCUACGAACAUUUGCAGGAUGUUGAUAUUGAACCAUAUGUUUCAAAAAUGCUGGGAACCGGAAAAUUGGGAUUUUCGUUUGCACGUAUAACCGCGUUAUUGGUUUCGUGCAAUAGAUUGUGGAUAGGAACUGGCAAUGGUGUUGUGAUAAGUGUGCCAUUAACCGAAGCAAUCACAGCUAACUACAAAGGUAACACAAACAAUUUCAUUCCCACAUGUUGUAUGGCCAAUGCACAACUUUCAUUCCACGGACAUCGAGAUUCGGUGAAAUUUUUCGUGUCUGUACCGACGAAAUCACCGACCGACAGUUACAUACAUCCCGGUCAGCGACCAUUAAUGUUAGUUAUGUCCGGUGGCGAAGGUUACAUCGAUUUUCGGCAUGGCGAUGGUGACAUGGAGAACAGCAUUGUUCUGGAACCGAAUCAAACAAUCGAAAAUCGUGGCGACAAGAGUUACCUAAUUGUGUGGCAAGUUAGUCCCAUUUAAAUAAUCAAUUUAUGCAAUGACUUCACAAUUUACGUACUCCAUAAAAUACCAAAUAAAAUUGAAGUCAACUCAAUAAUACCGCAAAGUAAAAAAGAAAAUCGAGAAAAACAAUUCAAAAUUGUGAAAUGUCGUCGUCAAUAAUUAAUUUUUGUUCAAAAUAUUUUUACCGUCAAAUUGCUGUAUACCGACGAGAUUAAUAGCGGAUUUUUUUUGUAUCAUUUAAUGUUAUACACAGCUCAGUCUCAGUUCCGAAACAUAAUUUUUGGUAGAAUUAUUUUUUAUGUGAUUUUUUUAUAUAUACAAAAGUAAACACGAAAAUCGUCUCAUCUUACCAAUAUGUGCGAUAAUAGUGAAUGAAUCGUUUAUGUCCGGUGCAGUUUUGUUUAUCGAAUUCGUUUUAAUUUUAAAGGAACAAUUAUGUGCUUCAAUCGAGUUUAUUAAACGAAAUAUAACUGGCGCUGAAGUAAAAACU